AUGGCUACAGUAGAAAUAGCAACCCAGAGACUGAGGGAUGAAAGCGUUUCUGCGUGUCUUGCCCAAGCCGCUAGCCCACCGUGCCGAAAGCCCGAGUCUGACGAAUCCGGCGAGAGAACCUCGAGACUCUCGACCUUGAGAGAUGCAAGGGAGGCCUUUGGCAGGCUGGAUGGGGCAUGGCUGCGAGACAUGUUGAGAUUGCUGCGAUUCGCAGCGCUGGUGCUCCCGGCCCUCGCGCUCGGCGACAGAGGAUAUGCUCGCGACAUUGGCGUUUGCAUGGUGGGCCAGCUCAGAGGCAUCUGCGAUGCCAGCGACUUGCUGAGCUUCUUCCAGGUCUUCCUGAAGCCUUUCAAGACGGCUGAUGUCAUCCUGGCGGUUCCAGAAGAGGAGUGCCCAAAGGCCCAGGAGCUCAUCCACGUGGCCUCUCAGUUUGCUUUUUUUGGUGGAGCAGACGUCUACAUGCAGGCUCUGUGCCUGCCUGAGGAGAUGGAGGCGCCGGAAGAACGGCUUUGGAUGGAGAACUUCAUCUUCAGUGAGGCAGGCCACCGGUACUUCGACUACGCGCGGCUGAGGAACACCCUUCUCCCCGCCAGGCAGCUGGCCCAAUGUGCCCAUCACUUGGAGGAGAAAGCCCUUGAGGCUGAUGGGCAGGACGGCUCGAUGGGCUAUCGCUGGAUUGCUCGGAGCAGACCAGAUGUCCAGUGGCACUCGAUGAUCUCGCGCGAAGACCUUGAAAGCCUGGCUCCACCCUUCGUGCUGGCGAACUGGGUGCCCAUGCCAAUCCAGGGCGUUGUGGAGGAUCAGUUCCUUCUGGGCUCCUGGUCGUCGAUGUGCGAAAUCUUCCGAAACUUCUUCCGCUUCUUGCUCAGUCCCCGCGAAAGUUGGAGCUACAGAGCCGCACCUCCCUGGUGCGUCGAGCAUGCUACCCUCCGAUCGCGCGAGACAUGCGAGAAUCUCUACACUGAGAACCUUGUGGAGUCAUUCUUAAGAUCGCGACCCGAAGCCAUGCAGCUCCGGAAAAUGCAAGGCAUCUGUUUCGACAAGAUAGCUCCAUGUCGCCGGCCCCGGACCAACUAUUGCGACAUGACCCCACCGCGGCACGUUCAUGGCUACGUCGAGAGCGAUCCGGCUUUCUUUGAGCAGUUCAACAUGGACUACUUCCUGACCGCCUCGGCGACGAAUGCGGACUUCGAUGGGCAGUUCGCGGUACGCCUGGCCCGGUUCUUCCGUGACGACGUCGACCGAAGCGCGCGACGGGCCGGGCAAAAGAUCUUCCGACUCGAGGGCCAGCCUGCUCGGCCUGCUAGAGUCCUGGACAUGGGCUGCGGUCGGGGCAGCUUCGUGGAGCUCUUCGAACGCUUCGGCCUGGUGGCCAUCGGUAUCGAUGGGGACCUGAUCGUGCGCCGCACGCUGCCCAAGAACAGCCUUGUCUGGGACCUCACAGAGCCUCUUGACCUGCCGGGCAUCCGUGCGAGCGAGGCCGAGGGGUUCCGGUCUCAAAUUCAGGAAUGGGGAAGUGCUGAGGCUGAGGAGAAGGAAACCGAAGCGACCGAAGAAGGGACCAUGGAAAUGUUUCUCUCUCAAAUCGAGGCCGCUGCAGAUGAUCAAACGAGCACCUGCAGCUUUGAGGCGCCUGAUGAGCCCACCGGGGACGAAGAUGCCAGUCUCAUACUCAGCGUCGGCUUGAAGAUGCAGGGAACCGGCGAGGGCCAUUCUGUGGCACUUCUACGGCACAUAUGUUGCAGUGAUGUGCGCUGCGUGGGCUAUGGCAUGGGGGUGAGCUACCCUCCUAUCGGCACAGUGUGGCGGAAGGCAUCCAGCGAGGGUGAGGAUCCGUACAACGGGACGCGGCCUUCUUUCUUCUACGGGCUCCGCUAUCUCCGACGCAAGACCUGGCCCACUGCACGAGCUCCGGGGGCAGCCAGGCAGGUCCGAGUACCACUGCCUGACUCGCUCCUGCAGAAGCUGGGGGUACUCACAGUGUCCUUCGGCUCAGCAGACUGGGUGCUGAGCCUUGGGGUCGGCCAGUUCAUUCCGCGUUCAAAGGAGCUGACGUUUCUCAUGAACUUGGUGAGGCAUGCUGAGUUUGGCAUCGUGAUGCUCUGGGGUAGGGCUGGGCCAAAUCCUCGUUCUGCCGAGGAAGUGCAACAGCUUUUCUCACCUCUGGGCUUCUUUCCCGAUCAGGGAGCUGCCAGGGAGCUUCGUUUGUUUGCUGGCCUGGCCUAUGGUGGCCCCAAAGCUGAGCUCCUUGUUUUGCGGCGCCUCGCUGGUACCUGGUCAGCAUUGGAUCCUUGGCAGCGCGAGGACGUCUACAACGCUGAGGGCAGUGGAGAGCCUGCAGUGCUCGUCGGGCAUCAUGCGUACCUCGUCCAGUAUCGGGGGAAGCAUGCAGUUCAUUGCGCAGUGCACGAGACCUACGGACUCGUCAGACCUGGCUUGCUUUGGGUGAAUGGUGGCUGUGGUGGCCUCUUUCGGGUCUGGCGGACGAACAAUGUCCGGGAGCUGCCUGGUGCCUGGUGCAUCAAUGCCGAUCAUCGCUAUAAGGAGUGCCUUAUACCAUCUUGGCUCACAGAUGCCAAGGUCAACGUGACAGCAGAGAUGCGUCUUCGUGGACGACAGAAUGCUGAAGAGACGGCAGGGGAUCCUGGUCCUGUGAACUCCAGCCCCGCAGAACUCGACUGGCAGAUGCAUGCGUCAGCCGACCAGUUUGUACCCCGGCUGACGGCUUGGCGAGGAGACCCCCGCCUGAACAUGGUCUUCUACAAGUUUGCCAAGAAGCUGGCCUCCGCAUGCCUCACCACAGAGCUGGAGACUUCGGAGCUUCUCUUGGAGUGGCAGUGGUUCUGGUCCUCUGACUGGCGGCCACUGCUGCGCCUCUCAGCACAGCUGCAGGGCCGGCAAGGGCGAGGUUGGCGAGGUCGAGGAGGCGUGGAGCCGGAGGUUCCGACGCGCUUUGCGCGCACCUUCCUCCUCUUCCGCUCUCUGGGCUUGCAGCAAAGACGGGAAGGGGGGAAGUCCAUGCUACUUGACUUGAAGCUGAGAGCCCGUGCCCUGGGCCACUUCCGUCGUGCGGUUGCGACGGCCGAGAGUGCCCUGAAGCUCCAGCUGCCGCGCAGCGGCCCGCACAGCGCUAGCAGCGCUCAGAUGAAGUCACCGAAGUCAUCAGCGGGAAGAGGAGGGAGUUCUGUCGCGCCUUCGCGCUGGGCGGCCUCCGACUGCCUUCCACGCUGGCGCUUUCGGAGGGAUCGAAAGAAGCUGAAGGGCCCGGUACCUCCAGAAGCCGUGCUGCGCCGCUUUGCUUUGGCACAGAAGGCUGCGGCGACCCUCCUUUUGCGGCUCGCUCCGGCGAGAGCUCUUCGUAGCCAGGUGCUUUCGGAGCUCCUCAUCCUCGGCCACCGAGCUGCGAUGGCCGUUGUAAAAUGGGGCGGUGUCAUUCCUUGCAUGGGGCUGGGGCACCUUCAGAAGCGUCCUCCUGGCCCUACUACUGCAUCUGCGUCUCACCGCCCUGUGGCGAAGCCACCUGGGUGCGAACGGCCCUGGGCGAAGGAUUCGGUGGAGGCUUGGUAUAUCUACCGCUUGGUGGCCUGCGACCCCUCCUCGACGUGA